AUGGUAGAGGGAUUACCUGAAUUCGAUAAGGUCACACUUCUACACUUCAAAGACGUUCUUUCGCCCGCGGAAGAAUACGAUGGGUUCAAGGCACGUGUCGAGAUGACUCUUCAAUCUGCGGGAUUGUUGAACCUGAUUGAUGGCACCAAAGACGACCCCGAUCACACAGACCCAAAGGCAGACAAUUGGUUCAAGUUGUCAAAGAUGGUGGCCUCGUGGUUAUGCGCAAACAUGACACAGAAGGUGUUUCAAAAGUGCAAGUCAACAGGACGGCGCAUGCUGCUCGCUACUGAAAUAUGGUCAACGCUUGAAUGA